AUUACAGUUACAGCAUGGAGCCUGGCCGUGAGCUGAGCGAGUGGAGACUCGGUGUGCGUUUCGCCUUUCGGGAUGGGUGGCGGCGGCGGUGGCGGUGUGGUGCUGUAUAAAAGCAGUCGUCACAAGGAUCCUCCUCUCUCUCUCUCUCCACUGAGCCAAGCGACGGCCCACCUCGACGGAGAUGGCCAUCUCUGUCCGCCUCGCCUCCCCUUUGCUCCUCCCCCUCCUUGUCUUGCUCCCGCUCCUCGCGUCCGCCUGCGACCGCUGCGUGCACCACUCCAAGGCCGCAUACUACACCUCCAAGCUCACCCUCACCGGCGGCUCUUGCGGGUACGGCGCCGCGGCCGCGUCCUUCAGCGGCGGCUUCCUGGCCGCGGCGAGCCCCGCGCUGUACCGGGGCGGCGUCGGCUGCGGCGCCUGCUUCCAGGUCCGGUGCAAGGACAAGAAGCUGUGCGCCGGGGCGGGCGCCAGGGUGGUCGUCACGGACCGCGCAAGGACGAACCGCACCGACCUCGUGCUCAGCAGCCUGGCGUUCGCGGCCAUGGCGCGGCCCGGCAUGGCCGCACAGCUCACCAAGCUCGGCACCGUCGACGUCGAGUACAAGAGGGUGCCGUGCGAGUACAAGCACAGGAACCUCUCGGUGCGGGUCGAGGAGAAGGCCCACGCCCCGAAAGAGUUGGCCAUCAGGUUCCUCUACCAGGGCGGCCAAACCGACAUCGUGGCCGUCGACGUCGCACAGUUCGGACAGGUUGGGUCGUCCAACUGGAAGUUCAUGACGCGUGACUACGGCCCGGCGUGGAGCACGACCCAGGCGCCGCCGGGGCCGCUGCAGCUCAGGGUGGUCGUGACGGGCGGGUACGACGGCAAGUGGGUCUGGGCGGACCGCGAGGUGCUGCCCUACCGGUGGCGCGCCGGCGAGGUCUAUGACACGGGCGUCCAGAUCACUGACAUAGCUCAGGAGGGCUGCUUCCCCUGCGACACGCACGAGUGGGAGUGAACGGGUGACGACAUGCACAAGCCGGGCAGAAGCAGAAGCAGAAGCAGAAGCUCCCCGGCCCUGAAGAGCCUUCUCCCUGUCACUGCCUUUUUGGCCGGGCUUUGAUCAGAGGACUAGAGAUUAACAAACUGACAAGAGUCCGAAUACCUCGGCAACUUUUGCUUCUCUUUUCCGAGUUUGUGUACAUGAGCUGUUGAUGUGUAAGAAUAUUGAAAUGAAAGGAAUUGACGGCGGCGCUGCGGCUGCCUUGAACGUGAAGCGACAGCUUCUUCGCCCAUGGGCCAUGGCUGAUUUCAACAGGA